UUGUUCUCGUGACAGGAAUCGUUAUCUGUCAAUAUAAAGACGGCCUGACGACACGAGUCCUGAGUCUUGAGAGUUGACGAGAAGAGACAUGUAUCCUUUCGCUUUAACGGCUUUUGCGUUUCUACUUUUACAUGAAUGCAGUGGUCAGUUUUGCCCCGACGACUGGACCUACUUUGAAGGGUCGUGUUACCUCUAUGUGAAUGAGUACAGCAACUGGCAUGACUCCAAGUCCAUCUGUGAAAGUCUUCGUUCCCACCUGGUGGAAGUGACUUCUGAUGCAGAAAACAACUUCGUGGCCAACAUGGUGCGACUGCACAAAGUCAACAACAUCUGGGCUGGCAUGCAGGACUUUGCACAGGAUGGUCACUUUGUCUGGCUGUCAUCACUACAGCCACCCGUCUACACCCACUGGAUACCCGGACAGCCUGACGAUGCUUUUGGUGGCGAAGACUGUUUAGAAAUUUUACCUACUGGCCUGUGGAACGACCGGGAGUGUGACGACUACAGGAGCUACCCCUUGUGUGAACAGCCCUCUGCUGAGGAGCCAGUUGGGUGAAGCUGACCUUCGCAACAGCAUCAUGCAAGGAUAAGCUAUUCCCACUUGCAUCUUUUGUCCAUUGGACAGGUCUCCGAAAAUUUGAAAACUUGGCAUCUUUAUAACCUCUCAGGUUCUACGGGAAAUGGCACAAUAAAAAUAAUAAGCUUAC